AACAUAAUAUUUUGCUCCGCAUUCGCAAAACAGCGAAUCGCUCAAUUUCACUUGUUCGUAAACAACACGAUAACAUCGAUGAUUGUCUUUAAUAAUUGUGUGUUUUGACGAAAUCCGUUGAAUUUUGAGUGCGACUCCUUCCGACAUGGAUCAUUGUGAGAGGAAGCAGAGGAAAAAGGACCCAAGAGACAGGGCCAACUUGUUAUCGUCUCUGACUUUCUUUUACUCAGGGAGGAUAUUCAAAAGAGCACUGAAAAAGGACUUGGAGGAGGAUAACUUGUGCGAAGCGGUCAAGAGCUGCAACUCCACUAAUUCCGGAGACAAUUUAGAAAAGGAGUGGAGGGAAGGGAAGGACAAAUCGUCAAAGAACAGCGCCCUUUUUCUAUUAUGUCGAAGGUUUGGAAAGCAAUACUUGAUUUUGGGAGUAAUAGACUUGAUUUACUGCCUCUUCGAAUCUUACAUACAACCAAUUGCAAAUAGCAAUUUGAUAGGUUACUUUGCCCCGAACUCAAAAAUAUCCCAAAACGACGCCUAUUAUUACGCAGGAAUUGUUCUAUUUUUAAAAGUGUCGGGCAUCGUUUUCUACCAAAACUACACCAUUAUAUUACAAAAAUUCGCACUAAAAGUUCGGACGGCCUUCUCCAGUUUGGUGUACAGAAAAGCUUUGAAACUGUCACCGCAAGCCUUAAUGGAUGUCAGCUUAGGAAAUAUCGUCACCAUAAUUACAAAAGAUGUUACAGCUUUCGAGGACAACGUCUGGACUAUAAAUGACAUGUGGGUGGGUGGUGUUCGAUGCCUUUACGUCUCCUAUUUGAUCUAUGCCAAAAUGGGCCCUACUUCCUUAAUUGGAGUCGGAUUGAUGUUUCUGGUACUACCCUUACAACUUUACUUUGCCAACAUUGUGGUAAACAUGAGGUUGAAAAUGAACAAAAAGACAGACGAUAGAUUGCAAAUCAUGCAGGAAGUUUUGUCGGCCAUAAAGAUUAUCAAAAUGUAUACAUGGGAAAAAUGCUUUGACAACAAAGUUACCGAGGCCAGAAGAAAGGAACUGAUAAUCAUGUUGAAAACCUUCUACAUUCGUGUGGUGGUGAUAUUAAUAGGACUUCUUUCUUCUAAAAUCUCCUUUUACGUUCUGAUAAUGGUUUACCUGUGGUUUGGUCAUACAACAGACGUGGAAAUGGUGUUUUACAUUCUUACGUGCGUGGAAGGACUGAGGAACAUCCUUGCCAUCGACAUUCCUUACGGUUUAUCACGUGGAGCCGACAUGUACGCAGCUCUCUUGAGAAUCAGUAAAGUGCUCAACUCUGAAGAAGUCCAGGAUCAUGCAAAUUUGGACAAGACCGAGAAACCUAUAGUAGAACUUUGCAACGUUUCGGUCAGCAUCAAGGAACGCAAAGUUUUGCGGAGAAUUGAUUUGAGGGUGGAAUCCGGAUUGGUUUUGGUCACCGGAACUGUCGGUUGCGGAAAGAGUUCUUUAAUCAAGACCCUUUUAAGGGAUUAUCCGCCAGAAAGUGGUGUUAUUAAUGUCAGGGGUAGCAUUUCUUACGCAUCCCAAGACCCUUGGUUGUUUCCUUCGUCUGUGAAGCAAAACAUUCUGUUCGGACAAACGUAUGAUGGCGACAGAUACAAAGAAGUCGUCAGAGUUUGUGCUUUGGAAUAUGAUUUCGACUGUUUGGAUCAUGGCGAUGAAACCAUAGUGGCGGACAGAGGAUUGAAUCUCAGCAAGGGUCAGCAAGCCAGAAUAAAUUUGGCGAGGGCUGUCUACAAGGACAGUAACAUCUAUCUAUUGGACGACUCGUUGACAGCUUUGGACGCAAACAUACAAGAUUACAUAUUCAACGAAUGCAUCAAACAUUUUCUCAAAGAUAAACUGGUCGUUCUUGUAACGCAAUGUGAAUCUCACAUGGCUAUGGCCGAUAAAAUAUUAAAACUUGACCAAGGUAAAAUCAUUUACUACGGAGAACCUGUUCAUAAAUCGUCGUAUAUUAUUUCUUCAAGUAUUAAAGGAAGCAACAGCACCGAAGUGAACAAAGACAAGGAAUCAUGUGAAGAAUCUCCAAAAGCUAAAGUUUAUCAAGAAACGAAACGUCAAGGUGUGGUAGAACUGAAAACGUUCCUCAGUUACUUCAAAUUUGGAGGUGGAUUUUGGGUUCUGUUCGGAAUCGUAAUCAUGUGCAUCUUUGCUCAAUCCACAGACAGUUACUCUAGCAAGUUGAUUACCGAUUGGGUCGAUGAGAAUCAAGUGGUCGUUGAUUUAGCCGCUAAUGGCACCACCAACACCACCGAAUAUCAGGAGAACGUCGACAAAGCCAAUUUCACCAUAAACAUGUAUUCCGGUUCGAUUUUCCUCUUGAUGAUUAUGGACAUGUUGAGGGUAUAUUGCAUGUUGAAUUUUUCUAGACUGGCUUCUUUAAACAUACAUAAAGCCAUGACUUCUAGUAUCAUAAACGCAGUUAUGCCCUUUUUUGAUAAUCAUUUCAUCGGCAACAUACUGAACAGAUUUUCGCAGGAUUUGAAUAAUGUUGACGAACAAGUUUCGUUUAUCCUUUUGGACAUGAUGAAAGUUGUCUUUGAAGUUGGAGGAAUAAUAUUUGUAAUGACUGCAGUAAAUUGGAGGUUCUUAAUGCCUGCUAUCUUGUUCAUAAUCGUCUCGUAUGUGAUAAGGCAGUUAUAUAUGCCGGCAGGAAGAAGUUUAAAACGUUUGGAAGCUGCAACAAGAAGUCCACUGAUAGGACACUUGAAUUCGUCUUUGGAAGGAUUAACUACUAUUAGAGCGUAUAAGGCGCAGGAUAUUUUAAGAGAGGAGUUUGAUAGACAUCAGGAUUUGUUUACUUCCGCCCAUUUCAUGAUGUUAUGCACGUCCAGAGCGUUCGCUUAUAUUGUUGAUUCUUGUUGCACACUCCUUAUUACAUUCAUUGUCGUUCGGUUUCUAUUUUUCGAAACAGAUACCUCGGCAGGCGAUGUGGGGUUAGUCCUGACGCAAGUAAUGGCCCUAUCUGACAGCGUCCAAUAUGCAAUCAGAUACUAUGCAGACUUGGAGAACCAAAUGACUUCGGUUGAAAGGGUCUUGGAAUACACGGAGGCCAAAACGGAAACAAAAGCGGGUGAUGUUUUAGAAGAUUGGCCCAAAAGGGGAAGAGUACAGUUCGAGAACGUCUCUUUGACUUACAGCAAUAACGAGACGGUUCUGCGUAACAUCAGCUUUACGGUUGAAGCCAGACAAAAAAUUGGAAUUGUUGGACGAACGGGAGCCGGAAAGUCAUCGAUAAUUUCAACAUUAUUUAGGCUUUACGAGUUGGAAGGGAAAAUCAUAAUAGACGGAAUCGAUACAAAGACAUUAAGUUUGGAAUUUCUUCGACAAAGCAUCGCGAUCAUCCCUCAAGAUCCGGUUCUGUUUUCCGGAUCCAUGCGGUACAACAUAGACCCCACGGGAAAAUAUACGGACAAGCAGAUCUGGGAGGUGCUGGAAAAAGUCAAUUUGAAACCUGUGAUAGACACUCUUGAGUACGAGAUUGUAGAAAAAGGUUCCAACUUUAGCUCCGGCCAAAAACAACUCAUUUGUCUGGCCAGGGCCAUAAUUAGAAAGAACAGGAUCGUUGUGUUGGAUGAGGCAACAGCAAACAUGGAUCCUAAAACGGAUGCUUUGCUGCAUGAUACCGUUAAAGAGAAUUUCAAAGACUGCACAAUAUUCGUUAUAGCUCACCGAUUGCAUUCUGUUAUUGAUGCUGAUCAGAUUAUGGUUUUGAAUCGUGGCGAGAUUGUCGAGUGCGAUGUUCCAAGUAAACUGUUGGAAAAUAAGAAUGGUUACUUCUUCCAGAUGGUUCAAAAAUCUAAAAUUUGACAUUUUACUUACAUCAAAUAAAAUUGUUUGUGUUUAA